GGCUUGAGCCUACAACUAAAGUCUAAGGAGACCCUAAAAGAGAAUUCCAAUUCCUCGCCAUCCUCGAUUCCAAAUUCCUACAAAUACAGUAGUUGGAUUAAACAAACUUCCGAUUGAAAUCCCAUUCCCCUCUGUUUUUUCUUCUUAAACGCAAUCUUUCUCCCAUUGCUUUCGCUUUUGAGUCAUCAGAUUUGCCGGCGAGUGGUCCUCUCUCGCCAAAAUUUUUAUUUUUUAUCUUUUAUCUUUCCCUCACGGAUCUUUAAACCCCCCCCCCCCUUCUUAACUUCGUGUUUUCCUAUCUUUCCUUUUCCCCAGAAAACAUGUUUUUGUUUCCUGGAAGUAGAAAAAUUCCCUUUAAAAUCCUCCUCCUCUAGGUUUCUGCUCUGGAUUCUGAAAAGCCAUGGCGAUUCUUUAUAACCCAUUUUUUCUCUUGUUGAUAACUUUCAUUUUCCUGUUCCUUUUCCGGGUUGUUUUGAUCAAAACCGGUUUGAUUUAUGUUGUCAAGAAAAAAUGGCGAUUUAUCGAAGAUUGUUUCCAUGUCUACCAAUUCUUCAAAGUCCCAGAAUUCAACGAAAGCCUGCAAAGAAACCAACUUUAUUACAAAGUUUUGGUUUAUCUGAAUUCUGUCACUUCCAUUGAAGAUUCGGAUUUCACCAACCUCUUCACCGGAAAAAAACCAAAUGAAAUCGUCAUCCGUCUCGACCCUAACCAAAUAAUCAAAGACGAUUUUUUGGGUGCCAAGAUUUUUUGGAUCAACGAAGACAAAACUUUGGUGUUAAAGAUUCGGAAAGCCGAUAAACGAAGAGUUCUUCGGCCUUAUCUCCAACAUAUCCACACAGUUUUCGAUGAAUUCGAACAGAAGAAACGAGACUUGAAGCUUUACAUGAACGUCGUUAGUCAUCACGAUGAUCAAAAGGGACGGUGGAGAUCUGUUCCAUUUACGCACCCUUCAACGUUUGAAACUAUAGCUAUGGAAUCUGACCUUAAGAACAAAAUCAAAUCUGAUCUUGACUCUUUUCUCAAAGCCAAACAGUAUUAUCAUAGGCUGGGUCGUGUUUGGAAACGAAGCUAUCUCCUUUACGGUCCUUCGGGUACUGGAAAAUCAAGCUUUGUCGCUGCCAUGGCUAAUUUCUUGAGUUACGAUGUUUACGACAUUGAUUUGUCCAAAGUUUCAGAUGAUUCCGACCUUAAAUUUCUCUUGUUACAAAGCACGGCCAAAUCCGUGAUUGUUAUCGAGGAUCUUGACAGGUAUUUGUCAGAGAAAUCAACGACUGUGAGUUUAUCAGGAAUUUUAAAUUUUAUGGAUGGGAUUUCAUGCUCCAGCUGCGCCAACGAAAGAGUUAUGGUCUUCACAAUGAACGGCAAAGAUCACGUUGACCCGGCUGUUCUUAGACCGGGAAGAAUCGAUGUUCAUAUACAUUUUCCUUUAUGUGAUUUUACCGCUUUUAAAACGCUGGCCAAUGGUUACCUAGGGCUCAAGGAUCAUAAGCUGUUCCCACAAGUAGAGGAGAUUUUCCAAAACGGGUCGAGUUUAAGCCCGGCUGAGAUUGGGGAGUUAAUGAUUACCAACCGGAAUUCGCCGAGCCGGGCUUUGAAAUCGGUUAUCAAUGCUUUGCAAACGGACGGCGAUGGAAGGGGGGCUUUGAAUAUCGGACGGCGGUUGUGUGAGAAUGGUUCGAGGAAAUUGGUUGAGGAAAUUGGUGAACCGAGCGGGCUCUUUUGUAAGGAAGGUGCAAAUGCGGUUAAGGAGUUUAAGAAAUUGUACGGUUUGAUGAGGGUGAAAAGUAAUAGAAAAUCUCAGUCGUUCGAUCUUAGUAGCGGCCAAAGGGAGGGCUAAUGAUGAACUCUGAUCACAGUUUAUAGGAAGCUUAUCUUGUAGUUUUAGUGAUUUCAGCUAGCUUUUUCCCCCCUUUAACAGCGGAAUUAGGAUUUGGUUCAGUUAAAUGGUAGAAAUAGUAAAUUUUCUUAGCCCAUUUUGUUAAUUUUACAGCUUGCAUUGAAAACAUUUGUUUUGUAGUAGCUUGUAAUUGCCUCUAAACAGGUACAUAAUACCAUUAGAUUGAUGGUUGUUUUGUUUAUUUUUAAUAGGAAAUAUGAUUAAAUUCACUUCAAAGCUUUGAGUAAUACUGGUAAUGACAAGUCAACCUUUGGCCUACUUUCUUAUGAAUUGAGAAAGAGGGUAUCUUUAUCAGAAU